UAUCUGAGCAGCGCUAACCGGAGGUCACGCAUGCGCACAAACUACUGUUCCUAGACAUGUCGACGGAGUGGAAGGGGACUGUUAUCCUUUAUCCCUUACCUUUAUAGCUAUCUCUACAGCCUUUACCAUACAGCUACGGUAUCUUUAUAAUGGAUCUGGAAGGUGGCACCUACGAACCUGGUUUUGUGGGCAUCAGGUUCUGUCAGGAGUGUAAUAACAUGCUGUAUCCUAAAGAGGAUAAAGAAAACCGCAUCUUGCUCUAUGCUUGCAGAAAUUGUGACUAUCAACAAGAAGCCGAUAACAGCUGCAUCUAUGUGAACAAAAUCACCCAUGAGGUUGAUGAACUCACUCAGAUUAUUGCAGACGUGGCUCAAGAUCCAACACUGCCUCGGACGGAGGACCACCCUUGCCCAAAGUGUGGCCACAAGGAGGCGGUGUUCUUCCAGUCUCACAGUAUGAAGGCUGAGGAUGCCAUGAGGCUUUACUAUGUCUGCACCGCCCCACACUGCGGCCACAGAUGGACAGAAUGAGGAUAAAGUCAUUAUUGUUCCAUUCCUGAACAUUAUUUCUCAGUUUAUGGGACGUCUGUUGUGGAGUGGACGUGUUUUGUCGGUGACCCAACUGUAGGUCAUUGAUGCAAUGUGAAUAAACUGGUGUUUAAUUUUAGUUGUGAAUUUUAGUGUGAGAUUCAUGCGCAAACACCAGCGACUCGUCCUUUGACGCAGUGUUCAUAGUUUUUCAUUUUAAUUCUACACGGUGUAUUUUUUUUU